AUGAACAGCAAUGAAAUCCCAGCUGCGGGCGCACAAAAUACAGUGAAACAAAGCAAAAAACAACAUAGCUGCGAAAAUUUUCAAUUUUAUACGCACACAACAACACUUCCACUAGCUGGCAUACAGCGCAACGUUGGAAGCAGCUCAAGCAGCAUAUACUCAACCAGCAGCAACAUAGGGGGGGCGCAAGGGGACGAGCAGCAGCAGCAGCAGCCGCUGCAGCCGCAAGCAAAAUCACAAGCGCAAUUGCAACAACAACAACAACAACAGCAAUUACAGCCGCAGGCAAAGCCCCAGCCGCAGCAGGCGCUAGAGCAAUUAGCUGGGCAAAAACAUCAACUACUGCAGAAGCAACAACAACAGCAACAUCGUGUCGCGACUGUAGCUGUAUCUGUACCAGCAACAACAAGCGUCACAUCGACAUUUAAUACCGCUAACCCAACAACCACAACAAUAACAACGGCAACAACGGCGGCCAGAGUCUUCUCGCGUUACGAUAGCAUUGAGGAGCUGCAGCAGCGUAAGAGCCGCAGUGGAAGCGCAAUUGGAAUAGCGUCAGCGGUCGGAGCACAGGGUGCACAAGGUGCUCGUGGUAGCAUAGCGAUCGGCAGUGGAGCUGGAGUGGGUCCUGGUGGUGCUGGUAUUGGAAUUGGCGGCAGUGGGAGUGGUUUGUAUGCAUCUGCGGGAACGCGUUUACCAGUAGCAGGUGGCGGCAGCGGCGGUGUUGGUGUGCGCGGUUCACGGAGUGGUAGCAUAGCAGUUGGCUUAGAUGGUCAUCGUACAGUGCUGAGUCCCAGUGGUGCAGGAGCAUCCUCCGCGGUUAGUCAGCAGUUAGGCAGGGGUAGCGUGAAUGGCUAUUCAUCGUCGGUAGCAGCAGCAGCAGCAGCGGCGGCAGCAGGUGGUGGAGGUGUUGGUAGUGGCAUUGGCGGCAGUAGUGGUGGCACACAAUUGAUAGGCGGUGGUACGACGACGGCGCGAGCGCGACUCUCGAUUAGCUCACCAUCAGGCGCUGGUGUAACAGCAGCAGCGGCAGCAACGCACGGUAGUCUAACAGCUGUGAAUGAUUUCUCUGGUACAGGGCUCUUAAGUAUAGGUGGCGGUGUUGGUAUAGCCGGUAGCGGCAGUGCCGUUGGUGUUGGCCCAGGCGGUGCUGGUACUGGUGUUGCAGCAAGCGGUGUAACCGGGGGUGCAGGAAGCGGUGGCGGUGGUGGUGUUCCUAAACGUCAGGGUAGCUUUUCCAACGUUUUUUCGAAAUUAAUCGACGGUAUGCCUGCCGGUACAAUGUUCUCCAAAUUCAAGAGUGCCAAUACGGCAUCAACAUCAUUACAAAACAUCACCGAUGCUAAUCCGAUUAGCCAAUACUUUGAGAUCGGUAAGCAAGUGGCGUGUGCGGGUCCCGAACUAGUGUGGCGGAUACAUGACGGCUAUCGGAAAAGUGAUGGCAGG